AUGGAUAGCGAAAAGGAUAAUUGUGAACCCUCUGCUGAUUGGAAUCCAUCAAUUCCCACAAACUUCUUCAACCAACUUCGACAAAAUGGUCAUCUAAUUGAUUUGCACAUUGUUACAAAGGAGAAUCGCAAGAUUCCAGCUCAUCGAUCGUUUCUUUGUGCUCAGUUUCCAGGAAUUAUGAAUCAAUUACUGCAGAAUCAAGGUCCGACUAUGAAAUGGCACCGAUUCUCCACCGAACUUGUCCAAUUAGUGAUAGACUUUGUCUACACAGGCAAAAUUGAAAUAAGCGCGGACAAUGUUGGUCAGCUCUACUUAUUGGCACAUCAUCUUGGAUCGCAAUCUCUAAGCAAAGUUUGUCGAAACUUUAUCAAAAAGAGAUUCAGCCAAAUCAAUGUCAAUGAGAUUUGGAUUAUUGGCUCACUUCUAGGCAAACCUGAUUUGAGAGAACAAUGUAUUCUCACGAUUGCAUAUGACUUCGAUUCUUUUGUCAAGGAUCAGAAGUGUCUGCGAUGGACGACUGCGAAGGACAUGGAGGCACUUCUGAGUAACCCCUGGCUUUGGGCUCCAGAUGAAGACUCGAGGUUGAAAGCAAUGGUGUCAUGGAUAAACGCGGCUCCUUCAUCGUUUGAAAGGGGCACCCGUGAUAUGUUCUUCCCACAUCUUCUACCAUCACUAUAUGUUAACAAACUUCCUCGUUCCUUUAUAAUUGAUGUGGCUUCGGGGAAGUCGGACAUUAACCUUUCUGACAGGUCAAGAUUGGCUGGUGCUGGGAGCCUUUUCAAACUGGUAGAGGACGUUUUCGAGAUUACUUAG